GCGGGCGGCCGGCGACAUGGCGGCGGGGGGCGCGGACCCCGCCAGGGCCUGGUCCGGGGCCGCGGCGCGGGGCUCAGCAUGAGGCUGGUGCGGUGCCUGCGGAGGGCCGCCUCCGCCUCGGCGGGCCCGGGCGCCCUCAGCACCGUCCCGGGACAGGUGGACUUCUACUCGCGCUUCUCCCCGUCGCCCCUCUCCAUGAAGCAAUUCCUCGAUUUCGGAUCUGUGAAUGCUUGUGAAAAGACUUCAUUUAUGUUUCUGCGUCAAGAGUUGCCUGUAAGAUUGGCAAAUAUAAUGAAAGAAAUAAGUCUGCUUCCUGACAACCUUCUCCGAACACCUUCAGUGCAACUGGUGCAGAGCUGGUACAUCCAAAGUCUUCAGGAGCUUCUUGAUUUUAAGGACAAGAGUGCUGAAGAUUCUAAAACUAUUUAUGAUUUUACAGAUACUGUGAUAACAAUCAGAAAUCGACACAAUGAUGUCAUUCCUACCAUGGCCCAGGGUGUGGUUGAAUACAAGGAAAGCUUUGGUGUGGAUCCAGUGACCAGUCAGAAUGUGCAGUAUUUUUUAGAUCGUUUCUACAUGAGUCGCAUAUCAAUUAGAAUGCUGCUCAAUCAGCACUCUUUACUAUUUGGUGGAAAAAAUAAAGGAAGUACAGCUCACCGCAAACACAUUGGAAGCAUUAAUCCGAACUGCAAUGUUGUUGAAGUUAUUAAAGAUGGCUAUGAAAAUGCAAGGAGUCUGUGUGAUUUAUAUUAUAUCAACUCUCCUGAAUUGAAGCUCGUAGAGCUAAAUGCCAAAUCACCAGGACAGCCCAUGCAAGUGGUAUAUGUGCCAUCCCAUCUCUAUCACAUGGUGUUCGAACUUUUUCAGAAUGCAAUGCGAGCUACCAUGGAGCACCAUGCUGACAAAGUUUACCCCCUAUCCAUGUUCAUAGUCACACUGGGGAACGAGGACUUGACUGUGAAGAUGAGUGAUCGUGGAGGUGGGGUUCCUCUGAGGAAAAUUGACAGGCUCAACUACAUGUAUUCAACUGCACCUCGACCUCGCGUUGACAUCCGAGCUGUGCCCCUGGCUGGUUUUGGAUAUGGUUUGCCCAUAUCACGUCUUUAUGCACAGUACUUCCAAGGAGACCUGAAACUCUAUUCCUUAGAGGGAUAUGGUACAGAUGCAGUUAUCUACAUUAAGGCCCUGUCGACAGAAUCGGUGGAGAGACUUCCUGUGUAUAACAAAUCCGCUUGGAAACAUUAUAAAACCAAUCACGAAGCAGAUGAUUGGUGUGUGCCAAGCAGUGAACCAAAGGACAUGACCACAUUUCGCAAGUGCAAUAGACGCAGCUGGAGACCUAGACAAACCGCAAAUAUGCUUCUGGUAUUGACUUUGAAAAGGAAGUGAGUGGCCAGAGCUAAAUUGCACCAAACACUUCAUGUGAUCUUCAUUAAGAAUUCACAUGAAUGCUCUAUGCUUUUUAGACCUCUUUGCGGAUAAAUUGAACAUAUUUUGUAGCAAAAUUCUGCCAACAAAUCUUAUUACAGCAUGUAGUUCAGAGAUUCUGCCCUGCUUUCAAAGAGGAUUUCAAGAGCUAAUACGAACCAGUGCAUUUAUUUUAUGUAUAUUUUAAGUACCAUUUAUUGGCCACUCCAAAGGCAUGUCCCUACUGCUAUGGUAUAAGGUAUGUGGUAUGAUAUAUAUAUAUGUGUGUGCGCAUAUGAUAUAUAGCCACUCUUUGUGUGAACAUCUUUAGUGUUUUAACUAUCUUUCAAAAACACAAUAAUUUAAUUCAUACCAUUUGGCUCCUUGAGGACAGGCAGUUGACUAUACUGUGAUUCUGUUGUAUUCUCCCAAGUGCUUAGCAAAUGCCAUUGAAUGACUUGGGUUGUAAUCCACUGAAGGACAUGCCUUUAAUUUCCAUGUUUAAUGGUUUAAUGGUUUAAAGCUGAGAUCCCCUAUUCAAAAAUAAGUAUACCUUUACCAAGUAGAAAAUUCCAGCUUCAUAAGCUAGAGUUUGACCUCUACACAACAGGAGAAACAUGAAAUGUUCAUAAUAUGUUUGAACUGAAUGUGGUGAGGGGCUUCCUCUCCCACAAAGAGGAAGACAAGAACAUAAAGGUUGAAGGCAGAUGGAGAAGUUAAGUGACUAUCUUUUCUCUUGUAGCACCCUGUUGGCUACUCCUUUUAGAAAGUCUACACUGACUGUUCUUGAAACAGAAGAAAAGUUCUUAUUAACAUAGAUAGAAGCUCAACAAAAAUCUACACUACUUUGGACUGAGAGGGAGCAACUAGUUUCUGUUUUAACUAUUUAGUGCACCCAGUUGUGGGGACUUUACUCUGUAAACUAUCACCAAGUGUAUUUUUCCCUAGGCAUAUUCAUAGGCAUCAGUGUUAGAAUCUGUUCUGCUUACCUUAUGGACUCUGCCGAGGAGUUGACAGCAUAUGACAGCAAAUCAGUGUCUAAAAAGAUAAUCAACAAAUAACACACCCCUUUGCUUUGAAGAAGUAAAUUUAGAUGGUAAGUUAAGGGCCUGCUAUCAUUACCGUGUUAAAGUCUUUAAGUGGUGGAAUGAUUUAAGACUCUCAGCCCUCCUCAAAGUUGAAACAAUUUAGGCUUCAUUUUGGGAGACCUAUCAUUUGUUUCACUUUCCUGCCACCAUAAAUUAGGGAGGAUAACACUUUGGGACCUUUCCAAACAUGUUAAUCAAUUCAUGAAAGUGUUCAAGUUGGGUAGAGUAAGGACUGAGUGGCAAAAGUGAAACUGCUAUUGGCAAACAACAAGUUAGAAAGAAAAGUCUGACCUCUAGUCACAAAGCUGAAUAACAUUAGCAUUCUUUAAGGGAUUUUGAGACUGUAAGUGGAUUACCUUCUAAUAAAAUUAACUUUAUCACAAGGAAAUCACGUUUCCUAGAAUGCCUACCUCCCUAUUGAUAGGUAAUUUUAAAAUGAAGACAUGAUAUGUUUCUGCCAUAAACUAAAUUGUGUUGAGUAAUAUUUGAUUUAUUUAAUGGGGAAUGAUUACUUAUGCACUUAGCUUUCAAAAUCACUUUGUAUCAAAACAAAGCUGAUGUAUCCAGGUUUAUCACUUCAAACACAUUAGGAGACUAAUUCCAUUUAGUGGAGUUUUUAACCAGAAUUUAGGACACUGUCACUGUUUAGUAAACUGGGUUAGUAAACAAGAAAAUCCAAAUUGUUUAAGAGGGAUUUGUCUUCACUCUAUGCUGAUAGGAACACCGGGCUACACUGCUGAGUUUACGUAGUGAUCAUCAUCUUGCACUGUGAAAUUUAAUUUCUGCUUAAGUGAGAUGCUAAAAUGGAAGUGUGCAAUGUGUUUUUAUAAAGUAUUUUCUACACAAAAAUAAAAGUUGAAUCAUGGUUUUAACUUAAAAGAAA